UGAAAUUGGCAUGAGGAAGGAAAAUCAACGUACGAAAAAUAUCACACAAGCGUUUUUGUUAUUGGUUACGUCUGGUGUGAUGAGCGUGACUGCUAUUCCGAUUUUAAUGAAGGGAAGAUUGUUACCAUUACCUGGAAUAUACCCUGGAGUAGAUACUAAAAACAAUACGCUUCAUUAUAUUGGAAUAUACACACUUCAAGCUAUGGGGCAAAUGAUCGUGGGACAAAUAUCUUCAGCUUCGGAUACUCUAUUCAUAGCCACGGUGUUAAUGACUAGCCAACAAUUGUUGGUGUUCGGUGCCGACAUAUGCAAUUGCCUAUAUGACGCUUUGCUACAGCACGGUGUAAAUAAGGAGAAAGUAUUACAAUUCAGAGAAAUGUUGAUGCAUGGUGCAAGGUAA